GCGGGGAGUAGGAAGACUGUUUAAAACCCCAAAGCUGCCCUCUGGUUAGGACUACGAACCGGUCAGAAAGAAAGAAUAGUUCAUUUAAUCAGCAACCUGCCAAGCAUUUUGCAGCCUCUUAAUUAGAGCCUGAAGGCUUCCUGAAGGAAACAUGAUUUGCGGUGACUGACUGGGUGGGAAAACAAUCUGCAGAUUCUUCACAUUGGAUGGGUUGUUUCCCAGGGCUGUCCACGAUGACCUGGGCAACUAGCAGACAGUGCAGACAGUCACUGAACUGAGGCCAGGUUGGAGGUUGAUAACCCUGAUCCCCUCUGACUCUCCCUCUUGCUGUAUGUCCGCAGGACCACCACGAGCUUACCCUGACAGGUGUGCUAUUGUGGACAGGCAGCCAGACAGAGCUUGAGGCGUGCAGGGCGUGGGCGGGCUGAUGCCGCAAGCAACAAAGAAAAGCACAGCGUCCUUGGCCCCAGCGCCCCCAGGCCGUGUCCAAGGCCGACUAAGGGGCCUACCGUCACCGGCGCUGUGCUGCGCCUGUGGCUUGUGUGUGCUGCUGGCCGGCCUGAACGUGACCCUGGUAGGAGCUUUCGCUGCCUCCCUGUCCGGGCACAAUGCACCACUGGUGGUGGGGCCGGCGCUGCUAGUGCUGGCUCUCGGCUUCUUCGCUGCUUGCUGCGUGUGCAGCCGCCGGGCACCCGUGUCCCGCGCGCGCUCCUCAGCCACGGAGGGCCAGGGCGGCAGGUGCACAAGGACCGUGGCACUAGAGAUGGAGAGCAGCGAGCGCACGGCUCAGGACACUACCGCAGUGCAGCUCAGUCCUGCCGCUUCGGCUGCAUCCUCUGGCCACUCCAGCCCCGGGCCCGGUCUCUUCGCCCUGGACCCUCCUUCGCCAGCAACCUCGGUCGGCUACUUGCCACGCACCGAAGGGACUCAGCACAACUUCCCUAGGGAUCUGGCUGCCUCCUAGUGGGCCAGGAGAAGAGAGGAGGGGUAACUCCAAGGACUGAGCACAGGUGGCCUCAUCUGUCCCAUCUCUAGAACUUCCAAAAGGGUGAGUGUAGUGAUGGCAUUGGCUCUCACACCCGGAAAAAGGGAGCAGACCUUUGACCUGGGGUCUCUAUGCUCUACUUCAUCCUCCCUCCUCCUCUCUGAAUUGAUGAAACUGGACCGUGGAUCUGGGAAACCUGUCCUUCCCCAUGGUGUUUGAGCACUAUGUAGGAAGCCUCAUACAACUGAGGGCAUCUAGUCAGGCCCUCGAGGUGGGAGGAGGGAUGAAGAUCGAGUUAGCUGUACCAGACUCUGUGCAUUGUGACAGGCAUCUAGCCCUUCUGCCCUUGAGGUUUAAUUGGGGAACAAAGUCUCUGACUCCAGGAUGUUCCCUGGGAUAAUCUGGACAGAGCACACAACCCUCUCCUGACACAGGUCAGGAGAGCUGAGGCUGGGGUCCUCAGUGGUGAGGAGGCUUUCUAAUCCUGAAGGUCCCUUGUGAUUCUCACUGCCAGCAACACCCACCACCAUAACUGCCACACUGUGCAUUCCAGCUGUGCCUCGCUCCUCAAUAAAGUACUUUCUGAGUCA